AUGCAGGACCCCCUCACCGUCCUCGGCGAAGACAUCUUUGUCGAAGUCCUUUCCAACCUCGGCGUCAACGACCUUUGCUCUUCUGAGCGCGUGACCAAGUCCUGGCUCGCCUGUGCUCGCGCACACAGCUCGGGGUUGUGGAGACACGCCAGUCUAGUGGAUGGAGUGGAGCCAUUCGAUCUCCAGACAUGCAACAAUCUGGCGAAGAACGGAAUCUGGGGCAUUGACGAGUACGACCGUCGCCCUAUCGCGUUCAAUGUCUACCGGUUGCUGGAGACGCCCGCAACCGCAAUGCGCGAGCUACCGGAGUGGGACUGGUCCGAUGUUGCCCACGAUGCGGACCCAAUGGAGAACAAAGGCAACGUUGAUGGUAAACGACGCACCCGCGUCAACUGGCGCUACGUCUGCGAAGCCCACCGUAGCCUUCAGAACGCGUGGAGCCUCGCCCGAUGUCGGCUUCGGUGGGUCACGCCCCCAACUAACACCGUGUGGCGGAUCAAGUCGAUCUUGGAACAGGACAUUCUCCUGUGCACAUCGCGGCAGACUCAUCGCAACGGUCUCAUCACGGUCGAUCAGCACACAUCGCGUCCCAUCUUCUGCAUUGAGGGACUCGACGGUUACGCUCAUCUGGAAGCCGGACGUGGCUAUGUUGUGUUCAAUCGUCCGGGCAUCAUCGACCCUGCCUUGGGCUUUAACGUCGAUGACGACAACGCCUUAGAAGUUUGGCGCACAGGCGAAGCCCGCGCGCGUGACUCACUUCCCAAGGUCGGCCAGUCGCCGCUCUCUGCCACGGCCGUCUCGUUCACACACCCGAAAGUCUUCUGCCCGAACCGGCCCGAUGGCCCGCUGCCGCGGGGGCACCUCGAGCACUAUCAGACGCUGCAGCCCCCGUCCCGCUGCCUCGCUUUCCGUCUUCACGUCGACAAGGCGGAUACUCCCGACGCCAAGGCUGUUGUUGCAGCGUGUGGCAGCAAUGCCAUCUACAUUUGGCACCUGGAGGAGGACAAGCCGAUGCAGCGGAUUGAACGAGACUGGGCGAAUAUCGGGCGCCCUAACCACGUCCUUGCGUUCCCACCGACGAGGUCAGCCGCCAGGGACACUGCGUGUUUUGCGUACUCGCUCUCGCUGGCCGAUGACUUCAAGGCCGUCCCCGACGAUGAGCGUAAGCGCGCCCAAACCUCCACUCUGACGAGCGGUGUUCCGGCUCCGAUCGGCCGCGCGAUAGUGCCCGGCUACGCAGAGGGGGAGAGUGGGUUUGAUGAGGCAGUUGCACGCGGCGUCGCGAUGCAUGGGCUCCGCGUUAAGAUCGACAAGCCCGAAGACAUCGAAUACUCCUUCUCUGCGGAUGUGUUCCGCGCCGCCGCCGAAUUGCCUGAUGGGCAACGCGCAGCAUUCGUCAAGAAGCACACCGUUCUUAUUGGUCUGGGCACCGUCAUUCGCCAGCUGACAACGUACCGCGAUCACAUUGUGCUCUGCACGGUGAGAUGCUCCUGCACUGAUCAAGCUGACUGUCAGUCCUUCAACGUGAUCCUGAUCAACGGCAAGAAGAUUCCCGAGAUCCCUGAGGAAGAUGCACUCUACAGCCGAAUCCUGCAGCCGCUCAAGGAGGAUCUGAAGGAGCUAGAGAAGGGGAUGCCGAUGCGAGCUCGCGGUAACGAGGAGCCGUCGCUGGAUGCGCAGCGUCCUAUGCUUCGCGCUCACGUGCUACUAGGCAAUCACCCGCAGGCUAUGAAGUUCUCGUCCUGCGUUCAGGCGGACGCGCGCAGCAUCUACCUGACGUACUGGGCAGGCGGGGAGGUCGAAGCCACCGGCGGCGCCGAUUCAGGGCACGUCAGCUAUCCUCCUGCAGAGGCCGUCGACGGGUUUGGAAUGUGUGUCAAGGUGUGGACGUUCGGCAUGGACUGA